UGUUUUCCACUGAUCUUUGCAGCACGGGGGAAGGAAAUUCUUGUAAAUAAGAUGUUUCAGUCUAGAUUUAUGAAUCCUAAUCAAGAGACUGUUCCUUUUAUUAAGAGUAAGUGGUUUUCUACUGUACAAGCAUGGAAGUGGUCUUGCAUUAUCGACCACAUCAGAGAGAUCUAAUAGAACUGCAGAAAAUUGCAGAAGCGGCAGUGAAGGACUUUCCUAUUCGUCAGUUACCAAGAUUUACACCCUGGUUUCCAACUGAUUUGUGCAGACUUCCCCUCAAACCAAAAAAGCAACCACCUGUUAUUUCUUCUGAAGAAGCAGAAGAACUAAAACGACUUUCUUCACCUUCAGAAUACAUUGUAGGAUCUCCUAAUUAUGACUGCACAAAAAAUCUUCCUGAGUUUCAGUCUAACACGAAUCAUGGUCAGACUUUAAUCCAAACACAAAAUGUUCACAGACCAAUUAACUUGGAUAAUCAAGGAGAAGGAGAACCACCAUCUAAUGGAAAACAAAAGUUGAAAAGGUCUUGGAGUGUCUCUGUCCAUAGCCCUAAGCUUAAAGAAAAGAUUCUUCCUUUAUCUCGAGAACUGCAAAACAGUUUGGAAAGACUAAAACUGCAUGCAUUUUAUAGAGCAAAGUGGACAAUCGAACAGUCUACUUGUAAUAAUCAGAACUUGGAGGACGUCUGGAUAAAAUUGAACAGACUCAUCAAACAUAAUGAACUGCCGUCUUGCAAUGCUACUAUCCAAAGAUCUGUGGGAGAGAUAUGGAUUUUCUGUGAUAUAUUAUACUGUGAAUAUGUUAGAAAUAUUCUUAGGGAGAAGCUGAGUCUUACUGAUAAAAUGAAUUUACUUGUACAUAAAUUUGGAAUUAUAUUUAGUUUAUAAAUGUACAGUAGUUUCAUAAUAAUAUUGCUGUGUGAAGUACUAGAGUUUUUAAGCAGCUUAUAAUAUAUAAACUUUAGAACAACUGAUGAAUUAACAAGCAGAAAACUAUUUAAUAUUAAUUUGCUACAAUUUUUAAGCUGUAAUAAUAUAUUUGUUUUGCCAGGAAACUCAUGAAUGGUUCUAAUAAGAUUAGUACAUUUAUUUGGUUUAGUACUCUGUUUUGUAGCUUUUGUCUACUUCAGUUGUCUAAAGGAAAAAAUUAAGUUUCCACACUUAAUUUUUCCAGAAAAAUAAAUAAUUCCCUUGGAACUUUACUUGUGUUUUUCUUGGCAUGACAAUCGUAUGUUAGAAUAAUAAUAAUUUAUUGUAGGCAUUACGUGCCUUGUUGUAGUUUAAAUCUAAGGCUAUCUCUUAAUUUGGGUCAUUGACAUGUAUUAUUAAACUUUGACUGAAUGCUAAACAUCCUGUAUUGACAUUUGGUGUGUUUGUGUGAGAUUUAAUAUUACCGCUUAGCAAAACUGAUACAAAAUUAUGGCUGGAGUAACUAAUGGUCAUUAUUAGUUUUAAAGUUUGUAUAGCCAAGUUAUUUCACUGAAAUUAUUUUUCUGAUCUUAAAGACAGUACUAAUGAAGUUACUUUGUGCUGUCAGAAUUUUAAAAAAUAUAAUGGAGUAGAAUGCAGAGUAAUUAGGAUUUUAUUUAAUUUUAUAUUUGUAUCUAGGAUGUGAGAAGAAAAGCAGGAGAUGAUAGGUAGUCCUGCAAGGAUAAAAUACUUUUUAAUAUUUUCUAAUAUUAUUUUGGUAGUCCCAUUAAAUACAAAAAUGUACAUAUCUUAA